AUGGGCAGCCUGCUGGACAAACCUGUGAAGGAGAAAGGGAUAGAGACAGGAGGCGAUGAGCGGAUGGAAUGGGUAACAGCAGAGAUGCAAGGCUGGAGACCAGAUAUGGAGGACGAACACAUCGCAAACUCCAAUGUUGGAGAAGAGAUGCUUGGUUUGCCGGUUGUGGCGUUUAUUGCGUCUUUGACGGUCACGGUAGACCCGCAGGUCAUGUUUGGCAUGCAGGCAAGACCCAAAAAGGCUUCUUUCCACCGGAUGGAUGACCUACUGCGUGAACCAGCCAAUGCCAAGGCGUGUGUGCGGGUGGAUCUGGGUACCUUUGCAAUGAGAGGCACUGGCGCGCUUUAUGGGGAAGGUCCCCACGGGAAAGGUGGUCUAAGCGACGUAGAGCAGAGCGAGAUGAAGGAGUCCUUCAUGAAGUUGCAGAAGCUUAAGCAAGCAGAGAAGGGAGACGAGUUUGUUCCCGACACCGUGGGCUGCACGGCCGUAUGCGUUGUGGUGCGGAAGCAGGACUUGGCUCCAAUGCCGCAGGGAGACGUCAUCACAGCCAACGCUGGGGACAGCAGAGCGGUCAUGUGCCGAGCUGGCCAAGCCCUUGAGCUGUCGUACGACCACAAGCCCGCCUCUGAGACGGAGAAGAGCCGCAUCGAGGCGGCAGGCGGCACCGUAGAGGACAAUCAGGGCGUUGCGCGUGUCAACGGAAACUUGAACCUGAGCCGCGCCAUCGGUGAUCUCGAGUACAAGAAGCGCGAGGAUCUGCCUCCUCAGGAGCAAGUGAUCUGUUCCACUCCUGAUGUGGUGAUUCGGGAGCUCACGCCGGAAGAUGAGUUCAUUGUUCUGGCGUGCGAUGGCAUUUGGGACGUCAUGUCCAACCAGGACAUCUGCGACUUUGUGAAACCACGUCUUGAGAAAGGCUUGGAGAUGAAGGUUAUCUCGGAGGAACUCUUGGAGCAUUGCUGCUCAGAGGACCCCAGCAAGACCCAGGGCCUGGGCACCGAUAACAUGACCGUCGUCAUCGUGAAGCUGAAGGAGUCUUCGACAUGGAGUCCGGCUAGUGCCUAG